AUGGCCCCCUCCCUGCACCCCCUCAUCGACAACGGCCUCAAAAAAGGCACCCCCGAUUUCCCCGGCGGCUCUCUCCACUGCAAAUGCGCCUCCGACCGCGUCACCGUCAAAGUCGCCAGCAACGUCGCCCACAACCACGCCUGCGGCUGUUCCAAAUGCUGGAAGCCGUCCGGCGCCCUGUUCUCCAUCGUCGGCGUCGUGCCCCGCGAAGCCGUCUCGGUGACCUCGAACGCCCACAAACUGGCCAUCCUGGACCCGGAGGCCGCGAUCCAGCGCUACGCGUGCACCGGCUGCGGGGUGCACUUGUUCGGGCGCAUCGAGAAGGAGCAUCCGUUCAAGGGGUUGGAUUUCGUGCAUGCGGAGCUUUCGGAUGAGCAGGGGUGGCAGGAACCGCAGUUUGCGGGGUUCGUGAGCUCGAUUAUUGAGCAGGGGUUUAAUCCUAAUGGGAUGGAUGAGGUUCGGGGCAGGUUUAAGAGUGUUGGGCUCGAGACGUAUGAUGCGUUGUCGCCGCCGUUGAUGGAUUUGAUUGCGACGUUUACGGCGAAGAAGGCUGGGAAGUUGCCGGCUCAUCUCUAG